GACCAUGGGCGCGAAGCAGAGCAGCCCCACCGCCGCCAAUGGCCGCACCCGGGCGUACUCGGGCGGGGAUUUACCUUCCUCCAGCAGCAGCAGCAGCGGCGGCGGCGCUAACGGGACCGGCGGGCGCUCGGCGGGCGCUGCCGGGCGGUACGCGCACCUGGCGGCGGCGCCUCAUGCCGCUCCCGGCGGCGCGACGGCGGCAGGAGGGGCGGCGGCGGCGGCGGGGGGUGCCGCGGGGUCGGCCCCCCGGAGCAGGUCCUUAGGGGGGGCCAGCGCCUCUGGGGCCCGGGCCGCGCAGUCCGCCUUCAACAUCCCCCACAGCAGCGGCCCCUACGGCUCGCAGGACUCGGUCAACAGCACCCCAGAGGAGGGCGGCCGGGAGCGGCCCGCGGGGGGCGGCGGCGGCGGCUCGUCCGGCGGGCCCCGGCUAGUGAUCGGCUCGCUGCCCGCUCACCUCUCGCCGCACCUGUUCGGAGGAUUCAAGUGCCCUGUAUGUUCAAAAUUUGUAUCUUCCGAUGAAAUGGAUUUACAUCUUGUGAUGUGUUUGACAAAACCAAGGAUAACCUACAAUGAGGAUGUGCUGAGUAAAGAUGCUGGGGAGUGUGCAAUAUGCCUGGAAGAGCUGCAGCAAGGAGAUACUAUAGCACGGCUGCCUUGCCUCUGCAUAUAUCAUAAAGGCUGCAUAGAUGAAUGGUUUGAAGUAAAUAGAUCUUGCCCUGAGCAUCCGUCAGAUUAAGACGAGAUUCAUGGUUUUAGCUACUUCCACUGAUCAGAAAACAGGAGAUGUGAGGUUCCCUUGCUGAACACAGCGUGCCUGGCUUGAGACUUACAGUUCUUUGUGGCUGAAAAAGACAAAGAUGGACAGUAACAUGGAAAAAGCAUUGUAGACACCGGUUACUUGCCAGUAGUGCUCGGUAUACCAAACACUCAUGCAAAGGACACACAGGGAUUUUGAAAAUGCUGCACAUUCUGUAACAAUCGACUCCCCACAAACAUUAUUGACACUAUUUUGUAUUGAAGGCCAAAGUUCCUAAUUUCAGCUUAACUUCUGGUUCUGUGAAGAAGCGGGUUAUUGGACAUGUUUCCUACUGCCUCGAGUAGAAGUGGAGAUGUUCAAUACGUGCUAUCUGAGACCCAUGCAGGAGGAUGGCCCCGGUUUUGAGUGGGAAUGUUUUCACCUUCUUGUUGGCUGAAGAGGAGUAAAAUGGCAAAUUAAACAUAAUCUAACAGUAUGACCUUAAUUUACUGAAUUCACACCCUGUUCUACGUUCUUCACUUUUUUCAAGAACAGAAAACAUAAACUUCUCUGCAUAGGAAUAUUAUAUUUCAAAAUUUUGUAACUAAACCUUUGUCACAAUGCAGUCCAAAGAGUAAAACCAAGACAGGUAACUAAUUUAUAUUGAUCAAGCUAUAGGGAUUGUUGAAAUCUGCACAUUGUGUUGCUAUUUAAGUAACUAAAACUUCUCUUUUACUGCUUGUGAGUAAAAACAACAAAAAAAAUGCAGCAAAGCAAAAUCUUACAGCUAUGCAACUUUUUUUUAAAUAGGGAAAAAAAAAGAAUUACCAAUUUUAAGUGCUGCCAGUUAAGGUAAUUUGUUUAACGGGUAUUUUUUUAAAAAUGUUUCAGGUAAUUAUUUUAUUCUACUACUCUCAUCUCCAGGCUGCCUCCUGAGGUAUAAAUGAAUAACUGCAAAUGUGGGCACAGCAAGAGGUUUUUAUAGGCAUGGGUGAGAUAACAUCGAGGUGGGAUUUGUGUUUAAUUUUUAAAAUGCGCAAGUUUUUGUUUCCUUGUUUGAAUGAUUUUUCGAUGGCAGGAUCUGUAGUACUUUGCAUCUAAAUCCUUGGUCUCUUCACAUGCAGACCAGCAUUUGACAGUGUGGGGGUUUUUUUUAAAAUGCACCUGCAUUUGUUUAAUUUAUUAUUAUUUUACUGUAUUAUAUUGAUAUAACCAGGGCUUCACGAAACGCAGGAUGUCUCUGGUGCGUUACACCAAGUAAAACUGUGGAUAAGUAUUAGUUCCCAUAAAGUAUCACGGUUCACAAAAAGAAAGAUGGGGGGAAAAAAAGAAGACAAUAAACUGGAACAGAUAUCAGGGCUUAGAAGCAUACUUUUUAUAUCAAGAAUCAAUCAUAGCAGUUGUUGAAUUUCACAGCGCAGGGAAGAGUUUAUGAAUAUUAGUGACAGUAUUUUUGGUGGGUUUCGAUAGUUAAAAUAUAUUGCACAACACUUGGAACAUUUGUACCUACAUAAUUCUGCUUUUUUUUUUGUUUAAGUACAUAUUUCUCUCUGUUGCUACUGUGAUUCAUAUCAAAAAAGGGCAAAGAACAGGAGCAAUUGCUGCUAUCUGGAGAACAAGUGCAGUGCAUGUUACUAAACUCUCCUAUCUUGCUUGCAGAGCAAUUCUUGCCUGGAUAACAUUUUCUCCUGAAUGUUGCUCUGUAAAAUGCCUUUGUUAUGCUGCAAAUCUAAAGGAGUCCAAACUAGAUAAUUGUCGUAAUCGCCAGUGCAGUUUCUACAUUUUUGGGCUUGCAUCAUUGGUUUUAGCUGAACCUGUAACUAUGGGGCCCUGUUGUAUUCUCUUUUUCAGUGGGAGCAGAAUCGUUUUGUCACACUUUUUCGAUUCUGUAGUCACAUCAAAUGUACAGUCAUUCCCUGUACAGAUUCCUUUUUAGCUGAGAAUAUUUGUGUUGCCUUGUAUUAUCAUGGUGGGGAGGGAGGGGAUGAGGAAUUACAGCACCUGUAAUACUCAAACAGUGGUGUUGCCUGCAGGCCCACUUUUCCAAUGUUUUAAAUUCCUGCUAUCUUCUGAAAGUAAGGCUUUUGCAUUUGCAUUGAUUUAAUGUUUACUGUUGGCUUCAUGCCUACAGAAACUCACCUGUAAUAAUGUAAAGGGGGUAGGUAAGUGUUUUGGUGUCCUGUGCUCCGAGGUCAUAGAUAGCCUUUGGCUUGGGGAUUAAGUAGGUAAAUAUUAUAAGCAUAAAUCUGUUUACAACUUAAGCUCAGUUUUGGUAGUUCAUAUUUCGAGUUCAUUUACUGGUUUUUUUUCAAAAACCUUAAUUUUCUGUAUUCAGAUGCAAAUAGCUGGUUUAAAGACCCAGCGGUUAUCACUGCUGUCCUACAUUUAGGACCAGUGUUUGAAAAGCAUGCCACUAGCAAUUGCACUGAUGCAUGGUUUUGCAGGCAAGAGUCCAUUGCUGCUUCCGUCAGCACGGUAGAGCAGAAAUACCUUGGAUUAUUUGAGGAACUGAUAUGAGGUCAGCCUUAGAUCCUAGUUUGGCAUUCUUGGUAUCCAUAAAACUCUUCUGAAAGGCUGUGGGAGGUUUUCUUGUAUCAAAACCUGUAAUAUAGACCAAGCCUUGAAUGACCCUGGAAGCAUGAGAGUGAUGCUUGGGUUUGAAAACGCCUGUGGAAAUUCUAUGUAAGCUUUCUAUCACCAGCUGUGUUGGUCAGCUGGUGAUGACCAUGCUGCAGAUGUAGUUCUAGUCAGAGGCGACACCUUCAUUUUAAAAACAUACUCGCAGUGGUCCUGAAUCAUUGUGCUUUAGAAGGGCAAAAUAAACAUCAACCAAGUCCUGUCUCUCCAUCAAGGAAUACCACACUUGUCCACAAGAAGCAAUAACUUAAAUUACGGUGCGAUAUGCUUCUUUGCCUGUAAAUAUAUUGAGAUUGCCAAUUCUGUGCUGUUUCAGAGUGUUUUCUGUCAUCUGGCCUAUAUCUUCCCUAAGUAUGUAAGGGUGUGAAAUAAUUCCCAUACUCAGGUCUGCCAAAACAUGCUGCUUGCCACAAGGGGAAGAGUAGACUCAACACUGUCUUGAAAUGUGAGAUUUUUCUGAACUUGUAACAUACCCAUGUAUCUUGAGUAGCAACUUGUGUUUUGAAGUUCAUAGUGGAGGUGGCUAUGAGUUGGAUUGUAUAUAACCGUAUACCAUACAAUACCAAGAGAGCCAUGCUACUGUCAGCACAGGGCACCCAUUGUCCUGUCUCUUAUAAAUCAGUAUAUCUAUAAUAACACUUCCCUUUUGAAGGAGGUAGUUAAUUUUCUUUCAACGUAUACAUUAAAUGAUGAGUUCAGUGGGACAUAAAAGCAAAACAAUGAAGCACACUGCAAAUUUGUGGUAUUUUAUUUUUUGGAAGAAUAAAGCCUAAAACAGAUGGUCUUAUUUGUAAUCAAUUUAACUUUUGUAUUCAAGGGUAAGUGUACUGCAGUAUUUUGAAAUGAAAAACGUGUAGGUGAUGUACAAAGAUGUGGGUGGAUACUUGUGACCUUUUUUUUUCCCUGCUCCCCCCUUUAUGAUGUAAAGGGAGUUUUAUGACUGAAUCUCGAGAUUUGUACCUUUAUCCUAGCUCUUACUGUUAGGAGCAUUGGCUUUUUAAUUAAGCCUUUGCUGAAAGGCUGGAGAACUGGUAAAACUGACUCCCAAAAGACUAAAAUCUCAGCAAAUAUGGGAAAGAUGAUUUUUAUUCAGAAAUGUGGAUCUUUGGUGUUUCUGGAUGGAUAAUGUCUGAUACAUAAGAUGUGCUUAUGGAUGCUUUUAGUAUGCCACCUUUUCCAUGUGAGGGCUUCAGAAACUUGCUCCAUUUCUUCUGUGUUCCACAAAAGCAGAGAACUUGGCACUUGAACAUUACUACUAUCUCUACAUUAACAGCAACAAAGCAUAUGUUGGUUUUGAUAUAGGCCAUGAUCUCUCUGAGUUUCUGUGAAUUUUAGCUGCUUUCCCGUAUUGAAAGAGAAUAUUGGUGUGCAAAUUUGGUAUUGCUGUUUUGUACCUACUAAUUUUGCUGUACAUUUGGGAGUUUCCUGCAGAGAGACUACUGUAUACCUCGGAGUGCCGAAGUGCUAGUAUGGAUCUUCCAGCUCACCUUUGCCAGUAGAGAAUUAUCUCAUUUUUUGAUGAGUGCUAUAUUUUAUGAUUCACUUUCCACUCUUCCAAGCUUAAAAUUCAUUUAGUAUCAAUUUCUUCUCCUCUUCCUAGCUGAAGACAUGACACAUUUUAGGCCAUAUUCCCUCAAUCUUUGGACAGGCUUUCCAUUGGCAUCAGCAAAAGUAAUGUAAGAGGUUGUAGCUGGAAGAGGAGGGCUUGUUAUGGGUUUGCUAUGACCCAGCCAAACGUGUUUUUUCCUGCAGCAGUGUCAUCAGCUCAUACCACUUAAUUUCUUGUUGUUCAAAAUACUCUGCAUUAGAAAUUCAUGACAGAACUCUGUCCGGGAUUUGUUUCCUGAAUGUAAAACUUGUGACGUUUCUCCAUAUAAACUAACCUGCUUCUAAAAUCAAGUUGAAGAUGUUUUAGCCUGUUUGGGGGGUGGGGUGGGGGUGGGAAAUACCCAGUCCUUACUCUCAAGCUGUCUCCAGUUGCAUUUAGUUACCUUACUACACAGUUCAGCUGGGUUCCCAAGCUGCUGCACUGUGUUCUGUAAAGUCAUUUAUCAGUUAAGUACGUCAGAGCUGAUGAUGGGAUAAACUGUAAAUGACCUCACCAUGGGGCAUUAUUAGUUGCUGAAGACUUGCUCAGGUAAACCACUGUAGGAAUAUCCUGCACCUGAAAAAGGUUGGACUUAGUUCUGUCUUUGAUCUAGUAAGUUGCCAGUGUACAAGAAGUAGAAGGCAGCAAGCCUACUAGCUGAUCUUUCUGGCAGCUUUUAAUCUGUGUAUGUUUGUUUGAGGGACUUUUGCCCUUGGGUGUGCUUUGGCAAAGAUUUUGCAACGAUAAGUAGGAUCUGCUUAAUUCUGGCAGAGUUUCAAGUGUAAGUAACCCGACGUUGCAAGAACAUAAUCUGUUGCUGAAUUCUGUUCCUCUUGUUUUCCCUCAAAUCUGUCCCUUUUAUUGCUAAUUUGUUACAUUUAAUAGCAAACACCUCUCAACAUGACUGGUCACAAGCUCUCAAGGUGUGAAAUGCUAACAGGAAGAGACAUCAAAGCAUGAUUCUGUGCUCUUCCUGCAUAUAGGAUUCCACUUUUCCUGCAGAGAAGGACUUGGGGGUAUUAGUGGAUGAAAAACUGAAUAUGACCCAGCAAUGUGCACUCGCAGCUCAGAAAGCCAAUUGUAUCCUCGGCUGCAUCAAAAGAAGUGUGGCCAGCAGGUUGAGGGAGGUGAUUCUGCCCCUCUACUCCACUCUCGUGAGACCCCACCUGGAGUACUGUGUCCAGCUCUGGGGCCCCCAACAUAAGAAGGACAUGGACCUGCUUGAGGGGGUCCAGAGGAGGGCCAUGAAGAUGAUCAGGAGGCUGGAGCACCUCCUCUAUGAAGACAGGCUGAGAGAGUUGAGGUGGUUCAACCUGGAGAAGAGAAGGCUCCAGGGAGACCCUGUAGCAGCCUUCCAGGACUCAAAGGGAGCCUACAGGAAAGAUGGGGAGGGACUCUUUAUCAGGGAAUGUAGUGAUAGGACAAGGGGUAAUGGCUUUAAACUAAAAGAGGGUAGAUUUAGAUUAGAUAUAAGGAAAAAGUUCUUCACUAUGAGGGUGGUGAGGCACUAGAACAGGUUGCCCACAGAGGCUGUGGAUGCCCUAUCCCUGGAAGUGUUCCAGGCCAGGUUGGAUGGGGCUUUGAGCAACCUGGUCUAGUGGAAGGUGUCCCUGCCCACGGCAGGGGGGUUGGAACUAGGUGAUCUUUAAGGUCCCUUCCAACCCAAUCCAUUCUAUGAUUCUAUAUUAAGAUGAAGGUGAAGUAUUUGUUACUGUGCAGUCUCUCUCUUAGCUGAUAUUGCCAAAGCACUGUAACUUUCAAGGAGGAAGGGAGGUGGCUUAGCUGUAGAGGGGAUGUUUUAAUGAACUACUAAAUUUUAACAUCUGCAGCAUCACACUGAAUGGGUGGUGAUCCAGCAUUAACCUUAUCACUUGAUUGCAAAUCUCGUUCUGGCUUUUCCUACCCUUUGGCAGGUACCUGCUGGUAGGGAGAAGAGUGUAUAUUCCCCUUUUUUAUAUGCCUCUUCCCACAGAACUAACCCUGCCCACAAUGAGUUAGAGGGAACUCUGUGCUAGCUUCUGAAAUGCCACCCGUAUGUGCAGUGGUAAUGGACAAGAUGUCUUCCUUCAUUACCCAGAGCAGAAAUGGGAAUGUAAUUUGCAAUGUCUAAUGUAAAACAUGUUUGUAUUUUUUUGUUAAUUGAGCAGUAUGGUUGCAAGUUGACUUAAGUUGUUCUAAGGUACUCUUUUCAGUGGUUUGCCAGUACAUAAUCAUGAAUGAAAAUAUUUUUUUAUUGAUUUUUAGGUUGUAUGUUUAACAUUCCAUUCAUGUAAAAUAUGUACAAAUAUAUGUAAUAAAUCUUUUGAAGCACA